CCCACGAUACCUGUUGCUUCAAGAUGUACAAGAGCGUUCUUCUAUUAAGCGUCUUCGCUGUCGCCUGCUAUGGACAAUCGAAAGUGCCCGUAUAUGUGUACUACGAGUCGCUCUGCCCCGAUAGUGCCGCGUUCGUAAACGAUCAACUUUACCCCGUGGCUAAGGCUUUCAAGAAGAAUCUAGAGCUGCAUCUGGUACCGUUCGGCAAGUCCACCUAUACGACGCAAGGUUCGGAUGUGAUGUUCACGUGCCAUCACGGAGAAAAUGAAUGUUACGGCAACAAGGUGCACGCGUGUGCUAUUCAGCACAUCCAGGGCAAUUCGUACCAGCCCAAUAUCUCGAAGGAAGAUCUUACGCUGGAGUACGUGAACUGUUUGAUGCAUCGGGCUCAGCUGAAGGAUGGCGCGUUCCCGACCAAGCGCUGUGCCGAUGAGAUUAAGAUUGAACAGUGGCAAACCAUCAUGGAGUGUGCGAACAGUACCGAGGGUAGCCAGCUGCUGAAGCAAUACGGUGAUGUGACCAACAAGCUGCAAUCACCACUUAAGAGUGUCCCCACCGUUGCCUUCAAGCAGACGUACGAUGAUGAACUGCAGAAACUGUCCGUGCGUAGCUUCCGUCAUGCGCUGUGCAAAAACCUGAGCCCGCAGCCCGUCGAAUGUCUCGAUCUUCCAGCUAGCGCAUCGGCAGUCAGCUCCAUCGGUAUGCUCGUCGCUGUGGUCGUCGCUCUCGUUGCCAGGCUGUUUUAA